GGAAUCUCGACGCCGUCUCCUGAGAUCCCAGCUCUGCGCCGGCCAGCCCACCCUCGGACACCGACCCGCCCGCCCCAGUAGCCCACUGCUCCUGGACCGCAAAUCCAGCAUCGACAGUGUCCACGGCCUUCCUGCGCUCGCAUCCCCAAGCCAUAGCCGAACCAGCCACCUCACGCACAUCCGUUCAUCCUCCACUCACGCAUCAUGGCCGCUGUUCUGGAAUCUCUGGCCCGCUGGGCCAUCCCCAUCGGCGCCCUCGUCAGCGGUGUCCAGUACUCCAUGUACAACGUCGAAGGCGGUCAUCGCGCGGUUCUCUUUGAUCGUGCCCGCGGUGUCCUGCCUUCGGUCGUUGGCGAAGGCACCCACUUUCUGAUCCCAUGGUGGCAGCGCGCCAUCUACUUUGAUGUCCGUACCCGACCCCGCAACAUCUCGACCACAACCGGAUCCAAGGACAUGCAGAUGAUCUCGCUCACUCUGCGUGUCCUCCAUCGCCCGGACUAUGAGCGCCUCCCCAAGAUCUACCAGAGCCUCGGCACCGACUAUGACGACCGUGUCUUGCCCUCGAUCGGCAACGAAGUUCUCAAGGCCGUCGUUGCCCAGUUUGACGCCGGAGAGCUGAUUACCCAGCGUGAACUGGUCUCUCAGCGUAUCCGCGAAGAUCUUCUCAAGCGUGCCUCCGAGUUCGGACUGGUCCUGGAAGAUGUCUCGAUUACCCACUUGACUUUUGGCAAGGAGUUUACCCAGGCCGUCGAGCAGAAGCAGAUUGCCCAGCAGGAGGCUGAACGCGCUCGUUUCAUUGUCGAGAAGGCUGAGCAGGAGAAGCUGGCAGCCAUCAUCCGCGCCGAGGGUGAAUCGACGGCGGCCGAUCUCAUCUCGCAGUCGCUACAGAAGGCCGGACUUGGCUUGGUCGAGCUUCGCCGCAUUGAUGCUUCCAAGGACAUUGCGGCCACUCUGGCAUCCUCCGGCAACGUCACAUGGCUGCCGAGCGGCGGUAGCAAGGCGGGUGGCAGCAGCGCCAACUACCUGCUGAACCUGAAGUAACAGCCGACGCCUUGGCCGUCGUCUUGCCUCCAACGCCCAUCCCACUGGUUACCGGACGGCAGAACAGCGAAUGCCGGCUGAGCGAUGGUCGUGCGAUCGACGAGCUCAAGCGACCUUGCUGCUCCUCGGCCUGGUCUCUGAUCGAGUGCGUCUUGGCGCUUGUCGCUUGCCCUGUUGCCUCACCCCCUCGCUCGAUCUGGUCCCCCGGCUCUAAUACUUGUCCACCCAUGCUGCCCUCGGUGCUGGACUCUGCCAUUGAGAAUAUGCUUUAUUCUUUCCUUUUUUUUUCUUCGCAGCGCUUGUCUGCUUGUAUCAAAUGAAAACCACCAUGCCCCCCA